CCACUUCAAACUUAUUUGCAGGAGGAAUCAAAAACUUUUGUUCAAACGAAUGUAGCUAACCCAUAACCCUGCUAAUAUAACAGCAAAUAAAAGGCUAAAACAUAUAAUUUGUUUAGAAAGGAAAUACAGCGAUGGGAAAUAACGUCCACAAUUCGAAACAAAGUGAUAACCAAGGUUAGUUGUGAUAGCUUUCUUUCUUUCUGAAUGACGCAACAUCAAAAUUACUCCCUGUCUAAAAAAAACUCAAAACUGGUUUCCAUUAUAAAAAGCGUUAGAUUCAAAACAACCUGAUCUCACGUGAGGGGCCGGCCCUGUCAAAAAUAAAAAGAAGAAAAGAAUAACACAACUGUUGUUUUAGUUCGCGAUCAACAGUAGGCGCGAAAAUGGCGCGAAAUCUAAAGUUAUUCUGCUCCUUAUUAGUAUUUCUCCCGAUCCUGAUUGUUACCGGAGAUGCAGAUUGGUUUCAUUGUACAGUAUUGGAUGGAGAUGGUAGAUAUCAUAUUUGUUGGAAGACUUUCGUGAAUAGUGAAGGAGAUACGGAAAUUGUAUUUGGAGUUGAUGUAAGGGCACACGGCUAUGUAGGAUUAGGUUUGUCCCCUAAUGGCGGGAUGGCCGGAAGUGAUAUUGUUACUGGAUGGGUGAAGAAUGGAAAUACUUAUUUUCAGGACAGAUUUGCCCUGGGCAACUCAAUGCCCAUUAUAGAUUCACGUGCUGAUUGGACACUACUUAGUGGAAGUGAAAAUGAUACUCAUACUUCUUUGACAAUUAAGCGAAAACUGGAUACUUGUGACUACGAAGACAUGAAAAUUGAUGACAGUACCAUUCGUUUAAUAUAUGCCUAUUCUGACGUUGAUCCCUCUUCUGAGCAUGAUUUACAAUAUCACCAAAAUAAAAGAGGCGCCAAAAGUGUUUUGCUACUUCAACCAAAUAAGGAAAGAUUGCAGCCCAUGGAUACAUCUAAAUACUACCAUUGGGAUUUAUUUUCACAAAAUUUCGAGAUUAAAUCAGAUUUCCAUACUAUGUAUUGGUGCAAAAUUUACAAGGCACCUAGGGUGAAUGAAAAACAUCACAUUGUCAUGGUAGAGCCAAUAGUAGAAGAAGGAAACGAGCAGUAUGUCCACCAUCUUGUUUUGUAUGAGUGCGUGGGAGCAGAUCCCGAUGAAUUCGAUCCACAUGUUCAACAAAGAGGACAUGAGUGUCGCACACCUAACAUGCCAGAUCAGUUCAACAAAUGUGAUGGUGUUGCCGUAGCAUGGGCAAUCGGAGGAGAAAGCUUGAUAUUUCCUGAACAUGUUGGACUGCCUAUUGAUCCUGGAAAUCCCAAAUACUACUUACUGGAAUUUCAUUACGACAAUCCACAACGUCAUAAUGGUAUUUUUGACCAUUCUGGAUUAAGAAUGUAUUAUACAUCAAAAUUGAGGAAAUAUGAUGCAGCUACACUAUGUUUUGGAUCGUCAGUUUCUCCUUUGGCAUUCAUACCACCAGGACAGAAAGAAUUCGUUCUAGCUGGUCACAGCGAUUCCAUGUGCAUUGAUCCGGUUAUGCCUAAAGACGGAGUCAAACUUCUUGGAAUACUUCUUCACGCUCAUUUAUUAGGUCGCCAUUUAAAAGCAAGGCAUUUCAGAAAUGGAACUGAGCUUAUUCCACUUGGUGAUGAUAAAAAUUAUGAUUUUAACUAUCAGGAAUACCGGUAUUAUAAUGAAGAAGUUACCAUUUUGCCAGGUGAUCAAAUAACUGUGGAAUGCACAUAUGAUUCUUCAGACAGAAUGGAACCAACUUUCGGAGGGGAAAGUACAAGAGAAGAAAUGUGCCUAGCUUUUUUGCUUUACUAUCCAAAAAUAGAAAGAUUUGGAUCUGUGAGUGCUCCUUCUGUUCAACAAGUUAACUCUCUACUAAAUGGAAAUUUGAAAGACGAAGAUGAGGAAACUGGCCAUUUGAAGGAGUUUUUACUUAAUGUCGAUUGGAAGUCAAUAGACAUGCAAAAAUUAGAGAACGAUAUGAGAUAUAACGAACAAAAGCAGUCUUUAUGUUAUAAUGGAAACGGACAAAGGGGAAAUACGAAAGAUUCAGUUUCUUACCCAUCAAACUUCGAGCCGUUUAAAGAAAAAUCAAGUUGUCCAAAAUUUUUGAGUAAAAGUAGUGGAUAUUCUCUCACUAAUAAUUUACAAAUGACUUGUAUUUGCUUAUCUGUUUUUGCGAUUCAUGUUUUGUGGAAACAUUAACGCACAAAACAAAGACUCAUUAAAUUAGUUAAAAUGUUUUUACAUCUAAAUCAUCUACACUUCAUAUACUUUUGACAAGUUACUGUGCUAUCAGAAAAACGAAUAAAAGUGCGAAUUUGCUGCCUUAUAGCCAAGGUGA